AAUAAAGUUGUGGAGGAUAUGAAGGAUGAAACAGAGACACAUGAGACUAACAAGAAGAGGACAGGAGGCAAUAGCGUGAAAUGGGAGGAUCCCCAUGAUGAUCAAAAUAAAGUUGUGGAGGAUAUGAAGGAUGAAACAGAGACACAUGAGACUAACAAGAAGAGGACAGGAGGCAAGAGCGUGAAAUGGGAGGAUCCCCUGAUGAUCAAAAUAAAGUUGUGGAGGAUAUGAAGGAUGAAACAGAGACACAUGAGACUAACAAGAAGAGGACAGGAGGCAAGAGCGUGAAAUGGGAGGAUCCCCCUGAUGAUCAAAAUAAAGUUGUGGAGGAUAUGAAGGAUGAAACAGAGACACAUGAGACUAACAAGAAGAGGACAGGAGGCAAUAGCGUGAAAUGGGAGGAUCCCCCUGAUGAUCAAAAUAAAGUUGUGGAGGAUAUGAAGGAUGAAACAGAGACACAUGAGACUAACAAGAAGAGGACAGGAGGCAAUGCCAAACAUAAGUCCAGUGGCCGUGCCAAGAAGACUUCAGUGGAGGAGGACAGCAGCAUUGGUGCAGAGUCUUCUCAGACACCCAGGUGUGGUUUCCGGGACAGGGGAUCUAUCCUUGAGCAGCUGGAGAAGGAGGCUCAGAGUACUCUAAUGCCUUCUCUCAAGAUUGGGACAUGCUGUGCACCAAUCCUCCUCUCCUUCCUGAGGAGUCUAACUGAUGACCAAUGGAGAGUGAUUCAGCAUGGCAUGAAAAACAACCUGACGUUCGAGCAGCUCUCCAUGCUGUGUCUGAAGAUUAUUAAGGUCGUGACCCAGACGGCCCUCCGCAUUCUGCUACCAGCGCUAGCUCGUAUCAUGGGGGUGAACCUGAGGAGUAGGGCAACCUCCCCAGAAUCUCUCUGCUCUCUGACAGGGUAUGAGGACUCCUUAGGCAGCCUGGAUGAGUGUGAGAAAAGGCUGCUGAUCAGUGAGAUGAACUACUGGACUAAGGAUAGGAGGAGGAAUGGCAGUGCAGGGUGCCGUCAAAAAUCCACUCGCAGAACCUCAUCACCAUGCUUCUCGCCUAAGAGGUCCCAGACCUCAUUGCAGAGCUUGCCUGCAACUAGAGAGGCUCCCCUCAUGGAGGAUCCUCUGAAGGCUCUCUUUGGGGUAACGAAAGAGAGCCUCCUGAUAUCCCUGGUUGAGGGCCACUCCAACCCCACCUCCUCCAGCUCCUCCCAGCUGAGCUGUGCUAUUGCAGGGGAGGUAGUACACCAGCUUAACUCAGGCCUUUCAGUGGCCAUUCAGGCCAGCUCGGGGAGUUGCCCUCCUAUGGACAGUCAGGAUAUAGCAGCAGGCAGGGAGGUCAUUCGUGUAGCCUCGGUGCUGAUCCUGGCCGAGCUACAGAGCCAAACAUCUGAGCCAGAGUGGGUAGGGUUUAUCGAGCCCCUCAUGGACCCUGUGACCGACGAUGUGCUGGAUGCCAUUGUCAGCACAAUGGACAAAAUGGCACAGGACUACAACAUCCUAUUGGAUCUGGCCAAGAAGAUGAAAAUCUUGGGGUCAACAUUUCUGACCAAUCUUCAAUGUGACCUUGAUGUUGAGUGUCCAUCUGGGAAAGAAGGGACCACUCACUUUCUCAAAGAGACUGGAUCAUCUACCAGUGUGGUAGCCAGAAAGCUUCAGACCCUCUCUAGCCCCAACUUUCAGUCUAAAGCCCUCAAGGCGGUGAGCACCAUCCUUACACGGAAAGUCAGCAACUCUUCUGGCAUGGCUCCUUCCUCUAGGCCUUCUAGUGCUGCUCCCAGCAUUACUGAAGCUCCCCUGAAUCCCAGCUGCACAGCCCUGACAUCUGUAACCUCCACUGCCACAGAGAUUGUUAAGGCAUAUGUGGGAGGCAUGGAGACGACCGCAUCAUUUGAAGGCACAUGUGAAGCAGUUGAUAGGCCAGUUCCUCUAAAUGACCACAAGACAGGGUCUUCACAGAAGAUAACUUUCUCUCCAGCCCACACACUCUAUGCCUCUUUUCAGGAGUCUUCAGACACCCUGGAAAAGGCAACUGUUUCAACUGAUGAGGUCCAGUUACCCAGCGCCAAACUUAGUAGAGUUCCCAGUGAGAGCCAACCAACACCCGCUCUCUGUCUCUCCAAUCUGGAUACCAGUACUCAAGAAGUUCUUAGCAGUGUUGUUUCCAUCUACAAGUCAGAGUUAUCAAAAGUGGAGAGUAAAUCAUUGGCCGUUAUCAGUUCAUCUGAUGAGUCCCUGGAGGCUUGUUGGUUUGUAGAUGGUGACUAUACUAUUUCCCAGUCACCUUCACCCAAUAAAGAUUUGAGUGUGACUACUCAAUAUUCUCAACUGAGCUCAGAAGAGCGUGUCAGAAUCACACAGUCCUCUACUAGUCUGAUUCAGAGCAUUAAGAAGCUCUCUAGCAAGGACUUUCAGACUCAGGCAGAAGAGGCAGUGAGUAAAGUGCUGAUGAGAUCCAGUCAUUCCUUUAUCACACAGAUCAGCCAUACUGGUCUUCAGAAAAGUCUGCAGGCUGGCUUAUCAUCUAGCUCGCCAUCAGAGAUUGCCUCCAUGUCCUCUCAGGAUACAGCCUCUGGAUUAGUGGAAACCUUUGUCAAAGGCAUGGCAACUAUUUUUCAGAAAAAUGAGUCCACUGACACUAAUUGGCAAACAGAGUCUGUGCUACUGGAAAGAAGUGGGAGAGUUUCGCAGUACUCCCACGGGGGCUCCCAACUGGAUGAUACUGAAUUGAGUGUUAAAAUAUCAGAGAAGAAGCUUUGGUCAACAGCUAAGACCAUCUGCGUCAGUAUGAAGAACAGACUUAAGGAUUUCUUCACAGGACUGAAGCCAUCCAGAUCCGAAAGGACAGAAAAUGCUUCUUCCAAAGAGACCCUUGGAGAAAUCCUGGUUGCUAUCCAGAGUGAAAUCUCAAACUUAGGGCGAAUUAAGGAUUCCAGGGAGCUCCUUCAGAUCAAUGAUAUGGUAGGAACUAUGCUGAAGGAGGUUGAGAAAAGUGAGGAUGACAGUGAACAAGUCUGCCAAGACAUCCCUAGAACCUGUUCAUCUUUGCCCACUUCCUCAAAGGGUCGUCGUUCCUUGUCCAGCUCUUCCAUGGGUCCUAGGUCAGAAUGUGAGUUAGAGAUCAACCUCCCUGGCACUCCCAUCCCUGAUGAAGUGCCUGAUGAUGUGACCUUCCCCAUCGUCAGGAGCUCCUGCAUCGACACCAGGGACUCUAUAAUGCCAGAGAUUUCUACGAGUGACCUAAGGACAAAGACGAUGACACACACAGAUGAACCCCUGAAUUGUAACAGUCCAAUGACUGACAGCAGCCGACCAUCGAGUGCUAAAGACUCUUUUCGAUCCUCCACUCUGUCUUUCACCAGCAAGGGAACCUCUUUGGUACCAAAGGGAGAUGGGAUUGACAUGGAAGAGAAGGACUCUUAUAACACCCUCCAAGCAGCUAUGGCCUCCCAGGACCCUGCAUUUGACAGAGUCCUGGUAAAGUCCUUGACCCAGCAGCUGGUGCAGGGAUGCAAGGAGGCGUCAAGACCAGCUUCUGCUGCAACAAACCCAGCAGACCAGGCUGAGACAGAGAGGGGGGCUGAGCAGAAAGCAAGAAGGAGCUUCCUUUGUUUUUCAAUGUCCAAACUCAGGAUCAACUUCAAGCGUUCCAAGAGAGGAAACAAAAAGGACUGCCAUUCAGUCCAGGAACAGACUGAGAUUCCCUCUACUGGUGGAUAUUGCAGAGCCCCACACAUUGAGGCUCAUGGUGCUGAAUCUCCAGUUGGAGAGGUUUCUCCCUCCAUCUCUAAGCCUAUCAAAAAAACUCUCCCUGAUCGUCAGGGUCUUCUCAGCAAUGAUGAAGCCAUUCAGGCACUCCACCAAGAAGAACCUGUAACCUGUUACGCUGCAUGAAUAAAUACUUUUGUAACAGCAAUACUUUUGACAAGAGGAAUCUCUACAUGUCUAC